CAGAGCCGACAGCCCCUUGCUGAGUUGGUCGCAAUCAUUGUUUCUCUGCAGCAUUAACCACAUUCCAGAGGGGCGCAGCGCAUCCCGUCUUCCUCCCCGCAUUCCUUUCAGGGAAACGAGUCCCUGACUCCAAACGGGCUUUUGUCGGAGUUCUGCCGCUCCGGUUCGGCUGGGAUCGGUGAAAACCACACAAGCAGCCGCUCUGCGUUUAUUCAGCCUGGUUAGUUUGCGCCAAAGCGGCUCUGGGGCAGAACUAGGGAGAAAGCCAACAAGGAGAAAUUCCUCCGCGCAGCGCGCCAUUGACUGUAAAGACCUUUCAACUUAACAAAAACUGAAGUUGACAAACGUAUCGCUGUCGGCUGAAACUGUGAGAAAGAGUUUUUUUUUUUUGUUGUUGGCGGAGGGAGGGAAGCAGAGGGGAACGAUGCGGCUCUCGGCGCAGAUUUGCGGCUCCGCCGCUGCUUUGGCGUGAAGGAGCGACGGCGGCGUUUUGUUUUGAUUUCCAUGUGAAACACAAUUAGUGCUCCGCGGUGUGAGCGCAGCGCACUCUCAACUUGUCCCUCUUCUAUGGAGCACUACCAGGGGGAGCUGGAGCUCCGGGCCGCCGCGCUGAUGGACGACCUCUCCCUGUACGACGCCUACAAAGACGGGAUGUUCAGCACGAGGAGGGACCUGGUGAUCAACCCAGAUCUGGACUUCUCCACUCCGGCGGGCGCGGACCUGAAGACCAAGCCGAUGAAUGGCACCGCUGUGCUCCACCAGCAGCAUCACACCGUGGAGAAUUUCACAACCGGGAAUAAAGUGUACAUGGCGGCUCCCGUGCGUCCCGUGAACUGCAGCCGGACGGUACCGGUGGAUUUCUGCGCCCCUCAGAGAGACGCUGCGUACAGCGAGGAGGGCUGCUGCACCAAAUCCGAGGUGGCGCUGCCCUGCUACUCUGGCACCUCCGAGAGGCACAGGAGGUACUCUCUGGAGGUGCAGGGCCACAGGUAUAGCACCGGCUCCACCUUUGACGGCGUGCCCAUCAGCAAAGCAGUGCCUCUGCCCGGCAACAGGUGCAACAGCGUCUGCUUAACCAGCAGCCACGACGGGAGGUACAACGCCGCCAGCCCCCGCUCCAGCCUGGCAUCCUCCCAGGAGCAGAGCAAGCACGCCAGCCCACGGUCCAGCAUCAGCAGCCCGCGCACGAGCCUGGUGGUACCGGGUCAGGACAGGUACACGAGCCCCAGGUCCAGCCUGGUUCACUGUGAGGGCAACAGUGUCCUCAGCCCGCGUUCCAGCUAUGCAAGCACGGCCAGUGACACGAGCAAGCACUCCAGCCCCAGAACCAGCCUGAACAGCUGCGACUGCUGCAGCAAGCCCAGCAGCAACCGGACCAGCGGCAUCAGCAUGGGCUACGACCAGAGGCACACCAGCCCCCGCUCCAGCACGGCCAGCCAGUACUCCUUCACCACCAGCCCCAGGUCCAGCUACUCGGACUCCCGGUACGGGCCCGUCGCGAACCAUGACCUGGAGGGCUCCAUCCUGUACGCGGCGCCGCUCGCGAGCCCUCGCUCCAGCAUCUGCAGCCAGGACGGGAGCGCACGACCGGGGACCGCCGCCAACUGCGUGGUCAGUCCGCGCUCCAGCAUCUCCAGCCACAGCUCCAGGAGCUCCCGCAGCUCCCGGGGCUCUAUGAGCACCUACCCGGACAUGCAGCUGCCCUCGCCCCGGACGUCCAUGCUGGGGAGCAGCCUGCACGAGGACGCCCUGCUGCAGGAGUAUGGAGACUCUAAUGGGACCCCGAACCGCAUCCUCCUGCAGGCGGUGACCGAACCCCAGCAGGCAGGAGGAACCGUAGAGAUAACCGGGUCACAGUCCUCUCUGACUUACGGGAUAUCCUCCAAAACGGUGUCGUCGGGCCAGAGGUUCAAGCUGCCUUACCAGGUGACCCCCAGCCGGGAGAAUGGGCCGAGCCAGGCGGAGAAGAGGCUGGAGGCGCUCACGCUGGAGCUGGAGAAGGAGUUAGAGAUGCGCAUGAAAAAGGAAUACUUUGGUAUCUGUGUCAAGUGUGGGAAGGGUGUGUACGGGGCCAGCCAGGCCUGCCAGGCCAUGGGGAACCUCUAUCACACCAACUGCUUCACCUGCUGCUCGUGUGGGAGAAGGCUUCGAGGGAAAGCCUUCUACAACGUCAACGGAAAGGUCUACUGUGAGGAAGACUUCCUGUACUCUGGUUUCCAGCAGACAGCAGAGAAGUGCUUCGUGUGUGGUCACCUCAUCAUGGAGAUGAUCCUCCAGGCACUUGGAAAGUCCUACCACCCCGGCUGUUUCCGCUGCGUUGUGUGUAAAGAGGGUUUAGAUGGAGUGCCUUUCACUGUGGACCUAGAAAACAACAUCUACUGUGUCAAAGACUACCACACAGUUUUUGCUCCCAAGUGUGCCUCGUGCAACCAACCCAUCCUUCCAGCACAGGGCUCUGAAGAGACUAUCAGGGUUGUCUCUAUGGACAAAGACUACCAUGUGGAGUGCUACCACUGUGAGGACUGCGGUCUCCAGCUGAACGAUGAGGAAGGACAUCGCUGCUACCCGCUGGAAGGACACCUCCUGUGCCACAGCUGCCACAUCCACCGGCUGCAGUCCAAGGCGCCGCCACACCCGCCAUCCAGCUACCCUCUGCAUGUGACGGAACUGUGAGAGAGGAGGCUGAGCUCCACCUGCCAGGUUAUCCAGAACACCAGCAGUGAGCACAAUGCGCCCCCCCCCCCCCCAGCUGGACCGUGAGGACACCAGGCCCUGCUCUCCCGGCACUUCUUCCCCCGUUUCCUGUUCUGGUGCCUGACACUGAAACCAGUAACAUCAGAGCCACCUCCUGACCUCAGGCCCACCAAACAGAGGGUUUCCGGGUUUGGACUUCUUUCUCUGUCUUUAUUCCUGCGCUCCGACUGAAGCGGAUUGCAGCGGCUGGGAAUGCUGUCGUCGCUGGCGCUCCGUUGCUGGACUGGACCAGGCCGGGCAGUGCCUUCGGAGUGGGCCCCCGUGCAGCUUCACACACUGAAGCAGACUGCUAAAGGCUAUGCAAAAGGGCCCCAGAGUCACAACACCGGCACCAACAGCUGCACCACGAGCCCAGUGGACUGACUGACCGACAUUCCACUUAGGACGUCCGAGGACCGCUCCUCGAGAGAUUCACAAGCAGUGUCUUAAUUAAUGAAUAUAUUAUAAACAGAAAUAAAACUUUAGAUGCACAUAGGUCGUCUUUUAUAUAUAAAUAUAUAUUUCGCAGAAGUUUUCCACAUAUGAGCCUCGAUGUAGAUUGUAUUUUUUAUUAUUUUUACAUAUCUGUGCUUGUUUUGGAGUCUGGAACACAGUCGGAAGCCUCAAAACUUGUUUUGGCUUCCAGGAUCUGUCGCAUCGUUUUCCUGCAAGAUGCCGAGUCUGUUCCCGUCUGUCCCCCGAGCUUUGUGGAUUCUAGCUUUAGCAUGCAGUUUGUUUUAUUUUUGGUUUCAGAGUAAAUCAGUGACUUUUAAAACACAAAGGACACAUUUUAACCUGAUUUAAAGGGAUAAACCUCAGUUUGGGGAAGUGGAUUAUUUCUGACCAGGACCUCAUUAUUUUAUAUCAAAUUCAUUAUAAAGUUUAAAUUAUUCGCUAUAAAUAAUCAUACAUGGUACAAAUAAAAGGACAAAGUCUAGUUAAAAGAAAGAAAAUGACUUAUUUAGUCAAAAACAAAUAAACAAAAAUGCAUUUGGGGGGUGGGGGGGUCAUGCAUUUGAAUUGGAAAACUUAAUUAAUUUUGAAUAUUUAAUUAGUAUUGUAGUCAAACCCAUCCGAAGCAGACGAGCGAAGGACAAAACCUUUUUUUUUUUUACUAAACUGUAAAAAAAAGAACAAAGUAAUGGAGCUAAGGAGCAGCUGCUACAAGACCAAAGUGAAUUAUGAAUACAAACUCUGGUCAUGCGCUUUUCCACAGCUGCGUGGAGGUGUACAAGGCUUUAGCAUUAGCAUGAAUCGAUCUCUUAAAUUGGAAUUGUUUUGAGACCGUUUGGUUAGAAAUAUCCUCCACUUCUCCAAACUACAACUGCUGGGACACUUCAGUUACACCUAGACGGUUCCUUUAAAGACCAAGUCACCCCCAAAUCAACAUCUUUCCUGAUAAACUAUAUAAAUGUGUGUCUAAUCGUGCUGCAGACACGUGUAGUCAAUAGUUUUGCACUUUAGUGCGUUUUAGUAAAAGUGUAAAUUUUCUGACUAAAACUGGCAGUGUUGUGCCGUUGUCAGGUAAAAACUCUGCACUGCAUUUGAAUUUAAAUCCGCCAUCGCUAUUGGCUAAGAGGUACCCUCGAACGUUAGCUGGUACCGUAUGAUGUCACAAUGUCGUUGUGAGCCUGUGUGUGUGUGAAUUUGUUAGCGGCUCCGCCCUCUCGGUCUGCUAGGCAACAGCAUUUGUUGCAUUUUUCAAACAGGAAGUGGGAGCGGAGUAAUACUCUGGUAGGGGGUGACUUGCUCUUUAAGAAACCGACGCAUGAAGAAUCUACCUGGCAGUUCAGGUGCUUAAAGAAGAAUAAAACAAACUGCAUUUAACUGAGUUCCUCACUUCCCACCAACCAAACCGAACCGGUGGUCUGCAGUGUGUGUGUGUGUGUGUGGGGGGGGGGGGGUCGUACCUGAAAUCAUGGAGCUGCUGGUCUCACCUUUGUGUAUUCAGAGAGCCCCCCCUCAUCCUUGCUGGUUUGUUUGUGUAAAUAUUCAAAAGACCUAAAUGAGACAAAAACAACACGUGAAAGGUCACUCCUGUAUGGAUCUUCUGCACGACCAGGUCUCACUGGGACGUCUUUGAACAACAGAUUUCAUCUCAGAAUCGUCCCAGACUUGUCUGAAAUCAGUUUCCCAUUUAGCACCAAUGUGAAAACAGGAUAUUAUAGAAGAAAAUGUCCUCUUUAGGGGACACGGGGUCCCAGCAUGAUGAAACCUUAGGUUUUAUGUGUCCUCUGCCUCUGAUUGGAUACUGAUGCAACUUAAAGCUGCGUGUCUAAAACAAAUUAGGACACAAAGAUAUUUAUUAAUUAUUGGUGGUUUUUAGUGUCGCCCACUAACUGAUGACUAUAAAUUUAGACCCACUGAAGACCAAUAACAUUGAAUAAACAUCAAUAAUAAAGACACUCGCUCACGUUUUACAGUUUAGUGCCAAUUUUCUCUCUGCCAACAGCCGUGGUCCAGUGACACUCUGGAUUCAUGCAGACUUAUCCAGCACAUUUUGUAAUGUGUGUGUGUGUGUGUUCGUGGCAGGGCCGUGACACACACGCACACCUGGGUGCGUUUGCAGGGCGACCAGCAGGAUUACUUCCUGUUCUGAUGCUGCAGACGCCGUUCGGUCCUGAUCUGUUCUCUGAUGCUGUAAAAAUCACCGUUCUGAGUAAAAACUACUGAAUGUGUUGAAAACAGGCCGAUGUGACAUGAAUGUAAUGUUUAGAGGAAAACGACUGCGUCUGAUACAUUCCUGUUGUCUUUGAUGUCACUUGUGCGCCGUUCUUGAAGAACGAGGCACUCUUUAAAGUCAUCUGCACGGAUCGUCGUCACCCACAACAAACCUGCUUAAGGACGACUCUUAAUUUUCUACUUUUCUAAAACUUUGCAUAACGAGGCAGUUUUUAUAAAUCUGAUUCUGUUUUCUGUCAGAAUUCACUUUGAGCAAAAGCACGUCUUCGUUAGCUCCGUCAAGCACACCUUUUGUUUUGUUUUGAUUACCUAGAUGGAUCAUUUUUUUAAAAAGGAAACUAGAUUUAUUUAUCUAAACAUGAAAAAAGUCUAAAUUUAUUUAAUGUAUUAAAAUCGGGAUGUAUCAUUUAACUGUAGAUGAUGUAGUCUACUCUUUUCAAUAAAGUGGUUUUGUAGCUAA